CUAGACCUCAAGUUCAUGGACCCGCAGCUGUGGGCCUAUGGCCAGUCUGGAAUGCUGGUGUCAGACUGUUGCUAUCCUUGUAAGCAAACAAACAUCUCUACUGAUCUCGGUCUAUCGUUUCCUCAACCAGUUCAAGAGUAUCCAGAUCCGCAACCAGGGAGCGAUUUACCCAGUAACCAAACAAUCCCUAUAGAUAACCAGAAGAGAGACCCAAAAGAGAAGGAAAGCGAAGCAGCAAAUCCCAAUUCUCCCAAACCCCAAAAAACCAAGAAAAUGCCAGUCUUCAAAACCCCAUUCAACGGCUAUGCCGUGAAGUUCAGCCCCUUCUACGAGUCCCGUCUCGCCGUCGCCACCGCCCAGAACUUUGGGAUCCUCGGCAACGGCCGCCUCCAUGUCCUCGAACUCUCCCCCGCCGGACCUAUCUCCGAAUUCGCCUCCUUCGACACUGCCGACGGUGUCUACGAUGUCACCUGGUCCGAGUCCCACGAAUCUCUCCUCAUCGCCGCCGUCGCUGACGGCUCUGUCAAGCUCUACGACCUCGCCCUCCCUCCCGCCUCCAAUCCUGUUCGCUCCCUCCAAGAACACUCCCGCGAAGUCCACUCCCUCGACUUCAACCCCGUCCGCCGUGACUCCUUUUUGUCUUCUUCUUGGGACGACACCAUCAAGCUCUGGACUCUCGAUCGACCCACAAGUGUCCGUACUUUCAAGGAGCAUGCCUAUUGCGUUUACUCUUCCGUUUGGAACCCUCGCCACGCCGAUGUCUUUGCCUCCGCCUCCGGCGACUGCACAAUCCGGGUAUGGGACGUGCGCGAGCCGGGCUCGACUAUGAUCCUCCCUGCCCACGAAUUCGAGAUCCUUGCGUGUGAUUGGAACAAGUAUGAUGACUGUGUCUUAGUGUCUGCUUCGGUUGAUAAGUCCAUUAAGGUGUGGGACGUGAGGAAUUUUCGAAUUCCGGUCUCUGUGCUCAAUGGGCACAGCUAUGCUGUUCGGAAGGUGAAAUUUUCACCGCAUAGGCGGGGUGCGAUUGCCUCCUGUUCAUAUGAUAUGACUGUUUGUCUGUGGGAUUACAUGGUUGAGGAUGCUCUGAUUGGGAGGUAUGAUCACCACACCGAGUUUGCGGUUGGGGUUGACAUGAGUGUGCUUGUAGAGGGGCUUCUUGCAAGUACAGGGUGGGAUGAACUUGUGUAUGUUUGGCAACAUGGAACUGAUCCGAGAGCGCCUUAAAGGGAAGUUUUUUAUUUUGUUAUUUCUUUUGAAAUUGGUUCAACAUUUUCAAAGCAGAUAAGAUCUUUUAAAUGAUAAAUCUCAUGCUUGAGAGUGGGGGUAUUGUUGAGUACAUUGUCAAUCUAUUACUUCUGUUGUGAAAUAAUUGGUAACUUUUGUUUUUGUUGAAUAAUAACUUUUCAUAAUAAUCCCCUGUAUAUGAAUUUUAAUAAAAUGAGGCCAAUCUUGUUUCUUGGUUGA